AUGGAGAUGAUCCAGUUGGCCAAAAUGGUCGCCGCCGAGCAGGAAAAACAGGCCAUCGAACGCCUGUUGCAGACGAUACAAGUCUCGGCCGUCGGCUUCCAAGCCGUGCAACCGACGCUGUUCAUCAACCCGUUCCUCCCCACCAACGAGCAGAACCUCGGCAACACGAAUGGCGCCCCAGCUGUGCAGCAGAAAAAGAUCAUCACAAUCUUCGUGGGCAACAUCAGCGAGAAGUGCACUGACGAAUUCAUGUCCCAAAUGCUUGAGGAAUGUGGCAAAGUCAACAGCUGGAAGCGCAUCAAGGGCUCCAACGGCAAGCUUCAGCCCUUCGGCUUCUGCGAGUACGAGACCCCGGAAGGUGGAAUGCGCGCGCUCCGAAUUCUGCACGAGUUCCAGAUUGGCGAGAAGAAGUUGAAUAUUAAGGCUGACGACAAGGUGCGGGCCAUCAUGGUCGAGCACUGGAAUCGUCGCCGCACCUCCACCGACAAGCCGCUGUUCAAGCCGACGCCCGGCAAAGAAUUGCCCGUCGACGAGGAGAUGCUCAGAGUUGACGAGGAAGUGCGUCUCAAGAUCCUCAACGCGAUCGAAAAAGAUCACCCGGAAUUGCUCAUCAUCGAAGACGGCGAGGUGUCGGACCGGGAGUCGAGCCGCAAACGGGGCAAGGACGACGGACGGCGCCGGGACGAUCGUAAAGAGGCGUCGCCGUCACUCCAGCUCCAGCGACUCAGGCUCGCGCAGCCGCUCAUCCUCGCGCUCGUCAAGAAUUUUGCUAAUGCCGUAAUUUUCCCCAUUUUCAGAUCAAGCGCUUCAACCUACGGCAAAAAGAAAGAGAACCGCAGCCGCUCGCGCAGCGCCGGCUCCGAGGACUCGGAGGAGGCCCGGGAGAAGAAGGCCCUCAGGAAGCAGUUGAAGGAGAAGGAGCAGGCCUACAUUGCGCGGCUCAAGAAAUGGGAGCAGCGGGAGCGAAGAAUGGCUCGCGCCUACGAGAAAGAGGAGACCAAGGAGCAACAACGGCGUCGCGACGUCCAGAAGGAGGCGAAAAAGUUGCGCCAUUUCCUGGAGGACUACGACGACGAGAAGGAGGACGGAAAAUAUUACAAGGGCGGCUCGCUCUUCCAGCGGACCCGCGACUACGAGCGCGAGAAGGAGCAGGAUGCGCUCGACCGGAAGCGAGAACAGCAAGAGAUUGAGGAGCUGAAGAAGCAGCUAAUCGCCGAGGGCAAAGACGGCGAGCUGGCCGAGGAGGAGGCCAAGAAACGCCAUCGUCAACAGGAGGAGGAAGCGCUGCGGAAAUUGCGCGAGGACAGCGGCAGCCCCAACCCGCACAAGCCGGCCGGCGCCAAGGACGGCGAGAGCAGCGACAGCGAGUCGGGAAGCAGCAGCGAUUCCGACAACGACGACGGGCCGGACAGCAAAAAGAAGAAGGCUGAUGGUGGCUGGAUGUCGUCGCCGGCAGUGGAGAAGACCGGCGACGAGGCCUCGAAUAUGGGCGCGAAUACACCGACUCCCGCCGCCCCCACGGCGCCCACGACAGCGGCGCCUACCAAGUGGAAGAGUGCAAUCAGCCUUGGCGGUUCGGCUAAUACAAGUGCGGCCACGGCGGCGACGUCAUCCCCGUCGGCCAGCUCGACGACCCCAAGGCCCGGGCUGACGGCCAGGUUGAAUGGUGUUUUUGGCAUGGAAGACGAGGAAGAGGCGCCCGUUCGCACAAAGCUGAAGCCCUUCCAAAUCACCAACGAGGACCGCAUGCAGCUGAUGUCGGCCGAGGAGCGGAAAAAGCGCACCAAGGAGCUGCUCGAGUCGAUCCCCUCGAAGAAAGACGAGCUGUUCGCGGCGAAAAUCCACUGGGAAUUCGUGGACAAGGCGUUCGAGGCCCGCAUCCGCGCCUGGGUCGACAAGAAGAUCAAGGAGUACAUUGGCGAGCCGGACAAGACGCUCGUCGACUUCGUCUACGGCAAGAUCGAGUCGAAGGUGCAGCCGGACGUGCUGCUCAAGGACAUGAAGCUGAUUCUCGACCACGAGGCCGAAACGUUCAUCCUGAAGCUGUGGCGCGUGAUCGUCUACGAGACGGAGCUGCGGCGGCUCGGCUACAUGCCGGUCGGCGAGAAGAAA